GAGCCGAUGUGGGGGGCUCGUGUUCUGCAUGAGACAGGGGGGUGUCACUUGCCGCACCUGGGGGCCAGUGCGGAACCAUAUGGCGGCGAGUAACACUGGGGUGCGGGUCCCGGAGGGGCAGGAGCAGGACGCGACAGUCACCGCUCUGCCUCACACCAGUGACCCCCUCCUGAUGCAGAGGCAACGCAGGGUAGCCCACUUCUCGCCAUCUCUCUCAUCAUAUGUGUGCCCUCUACGGGUGUAUCACUUGUGCUGCUGCUGACACCUUAUCUAUCUCUGGGGUGUGUGGCCCCAGUCAGGAGAGGCCGUACAGACAGCGCUGCGGGUGUAGGGUAGUGCAUAUGCCGCUGGGCCUAGGUCUGUAGGACUGUGUAUGGACUACUGAUGGAAUGCUAGUGUGACUGUGCACACCUCUGCAUCGUACUGCUGCGCUUUUACCCAUCUGCCAGCCAAGCACAUUCGUCAAAGGGUCUGUGCCCUCUUUUCAGUAUUUAACAAACCGUUUGCCCCUGUAUCACUUAUACCAAGGGUAAUAUAUUCCCAUUGCCAGCAGUGGGGACCCAGCAGCAGCUUUUCUGGCUUCAGCUACGCCUUCCAGGCAUUUUUGGGUCCCCGUCGGGUGCAAAUGUCAUGCACAGACUAGCCACUGGCUAUGAUACACCAGCCCAUCACUGGCAGUUGUCGACUGUCCCCAACAGCGUGCAGUACAUUUCCGAGCAGGGGGUCAUCGCUGGACUUUGCUGGAGAGAGGCUGCUCUUGUCACUUUAGGUAUUUACAUAUAUAAUGGCAGAAAAGAAGCGCUUGGCUUUUUCUAUAAUCCAGUAUUUACACGACCAACUACACAAUGGUGGACUUUCCUCUGAUGCCCAAGAGAGUCUUGAAGUCGCCAUUCAGUGUCUGGAAACCGCAUUUGAUGUUUCCACGGAUGAUCAAAGCUUGGCCGUAUCUGAAACACUGCCAGAGUUAUUUGCUGCAGCUACAGUAAAGGAUUCACCACCAGUUACUACAAAUCUUGCAUCUCCAUCAGAAGAUGAUACAGCUGAAGCUGAAAGGCUCAAAACAGAAGGCAAUGAACAAAUGAAGUUAGAAAACUUUGAGAGUGCCGUCUCCUACUACACCAAAGCACUAGAGCUGAACCCAAGAAAUGCAGUUUAUUUCUGUAACAGGGCGGCAGCUUACAGUAAGUUGGGAAACUAUGCCGGUGCUGUGCGAGACUGUGAAGAAGCCAUUACAAUUGACCCCAGUUACAGUAAAGCAUUUGGUAGAAUGGGUUUGGCUCUGUCAAGUUUGAAUAAGCAUUCUGAAGCUGUGGGCUUUUAUCAACGAGCCUUGGAGUUGGAUCCGGACAAUGAUACCUAUAAAUCAAACCUUAAGAUUGCAGAACAGAAAAUGAAAGAGAUGCCCAGUCCGAUGGCUGCUCCUGGAGGCUUUGAUUUAGCCGGACUGCUCAAUAAUCCUGGCUUUAUGAACAUGGCAUCAAACCUCAUGAAUAACCCACAAGUGCAGCAAUUAAUGUCAGGAAUGAUAUCUGGCUCCAACAAUCCUAUGGCCGGAGAGGCAGCUGCAGGGAACACACCGCCCACUGACCUAGCGAGUCUUAUACAAGCAGGACAACAGUUUGCUCAACAAAUGCAGCAGCAAAAUCCAGAAUUAAUAGAACAGUUGCGCAGUCAGAUCAGAAGUCGAACCCCAAGUGCAAGUAAUGAGGAUCAGCACCAAUGAGCUGCACCAACCCGCAUGCCAAGAGAUUGUAAUCUUUUAAGGAAAUUGAGCAGGAAGUAUCGAGUGACCAUGCCACAGCCUGUCUUCCUCAUAGAUUUGUGCUAUUGACAAACUUUGAUGGAAAAAAAAUGUUUUUUUUUUAAAUGUUAAACCCGUGUUCUAUUCCUCGCCACCAUCUCCAAAAGGAUCCAUUAAGUGUCACUAAUCACAAGGUAGCACAAAGGGCUGAUCCGGUUGGGACAUCUGGUCUUUCUGCUCCUGUUCAAGAAUAAACCUGCAAUAUACUGGUGUUUCCUUUUCUUCCCUGACCUGUCUUUGUCUGCAUAUAAUUUAUACAGGGGGAUGUGUUCUUGGGAUUGAACCAUUUACCCAUUUGUGAUUUACUGACUUUCAAAAUGACACCAGUUGUGUUUCAGGUACACAGAGAACUUGCUAAUUGAAAAGUGAAACACGGGGUUAUGGACCGUUAUGUAAUUAAAUGGUUUGUAUCCAAAGAGAAGAGCCUGAUUUUUGUCCUUUUGAAAUGAUUUUCAAAACACAUCUGCAAAAAGAUCAGUGUUAAAUUCUCUUCAAAAGCUCUGCAAUGUCUCAAGCCCUGUAUGGAAUUCACAGAUACCGUUUCUAGGUCCAAGAGCCCUCCUGUUUGUCAUUUGGUAUGGCAUAUUGUAGGAAGAGCAUUCUGAUGUUGUCCAUGCACAUCAUGUUUUAAUAAAGUGACUAAAUGCUGACACUGGGAAAUCCAUACUCCUUUAUAUUAUUUCUACAAAUAAAAAAAAGUUAUAAUGGCA